AUGCCUCCUCGUACACCAACGGGGUCAUCAGGCAGUAUCACCUCUCAAACUACAAAUUCAACUCCGGCAGGUCCAACGCUUAAAAAUCUUCUGAAAUCAGCAGAAGUCUUGCUGAAACCACCUACACCAUUAUCAUCCAACCCUACCGAGUUGAUCCAGCGAUUGAAAGCAUGCUCCAAAUCAUUGCCUAAGGAAUGGAGAAAAUCGACUCCAGAAUGGUGUUCAGAGGACGAACAGGAACGAUCGACCGAUUUUGAUCAGACGGACGAAGAUCUGAAGAAGAGAAGAAGGGAUGAAUUGGUAUUUGUGGUCGGGAAAAGAUGUUUUGCAGUCAUCAAAUCGAUCCAAUCGAUAUUGGAGAAAGAAUUCUGGCCGAAAGAAUUGAGAGAUGCUGAGGGAUCAGGUGGUCUGAACGAAAGAGACUUUUUACUUGGUACAGCAGAUUUACGAUUAAUACGAUUGAUGUUAUCUCAUACGACCUUCUCAUACUUGUUACCACUCGCAUCUCAUUAUGCCGAUUCUUUACCUACCAUCUUACCCAAGACUGCCGAAUCACUAGCUCAAGCUUUGGAAUCGUUAUUGAGAUUGUUGAAGACGAGCGUCCUACCCACACCAGAUGCGGGACCAAGUUCAAGAGCACCCACUCCACCUACAACCAUCACACAGACAUUACUCUCUUCCCAUCUCAUACCGAUCUUCUUGUCGACGUUGAUCAUAGCUUAUACACCAUCUAUACCAUCUGAAACAUAUGCGAAUCUACGAUCUGAGUUCAUCAAAGCCCUGAUGUCAUUGUCGCCAGGUCAUGCCAUAUCGACACUAGUCAAUGUGCUGAAGUUGCUGGUGCAGGGAAGUAAAGAAGGCGUGAAGCCAAACGGAUGGGUCAGGAUAUGGCCGAAGUAUCCAAAAGAAAUCAUAAAUGGGCUGUUAACCGCUCAAGUGAGGAGACCAGGUGGAGUAAGAGGGUUGAUGGAAAAUGUUUUAGGGGAGACGGCCAAGACAGAUGAUGUUACUUCAAUCGAAGGUCAAAGACUCGAUCAUAUAUUCAAUGUUCUCAUCAGAACACCUCGUCAAGUCACUCCUGAAAUAUACUACCCCUGGUUACUAUCCGAGCUAUUUGCCAUGAUCCCAUUGACUAGUCAUUCACAUCUCCCCGUGGCAUACGUCAAUACCGCAUGUUACUGUAUCCAGCGAUUAUGGGCAUCUAAUCGACCUUUGAUCGGAGACUGGUUGAAAAACAAGUUACAUUCACCUUGGUAUCCUAAACUACCCGCCAUCAAAGAUAAACAGGUAGUAACAACAUGGGAAGCCAUUCAACGUUCAGUACAGAACAUGCGAUUACUGUUAUUGCAUAAUCCGACUUCACCUGAAUUCGCCGAUUUCCUCGUGGGGUUCAUCUUACCACCUUUAUUCUCACUUCAUACUUUCUUGCAACGCGAACGGAACGAACAUCAACACAUAGGAGAAAAGUCAUCAGAGAGUUCUCUAGGAGAAGGCGUUCAGUCGCUCCUGAUAAGCUGGGGUAAAAGCGUUAGUGAAGAAGCUGGAGUCAAGGGUAUUUGGGCAAUCGCUGAGAAUGGAAGUGGAUGGGGAAGAGAGAGUAUUGAUGGAGACGGUGUAAGACUACAAUGGGAGACAGAAGGUGAAGGAGUCAAACUUGUAGCUUCGCAAGCUACGGCAGACGAAUCUGAAAUUAUGUUACCUGCCAUCAAUUCAGCUCAGAUGACGAAAGAAGACGAUAUCCUCACCCAAUUCCUAUCUCGGCAACAUACAUACCCUAAUUCCCAGCUAUUGUGCCAAUUAAUCGAAUCAUUAGAUCGACCUGAUAUCGCCAGCGAGGUCAUACUCAAAUCAUUAGACUCAUGGAGAAUCAAGCUGGCUACAGAGACUGAACCUUCGAUAGAUGCAUUGAGCAAUUUACAGCUCACUAUACAGAUGAUGGAGAAACUUGGCUCUCAGCUAUUUGCUAAACCGUCUCAGGUAUUAGGAUUCGUAGCGAGAGUACUCAAUGACCAAGUUCAAUCACUCGAUGAUGAACACGUAGAAACCGGAAGUGAGAAACCACUGAUUGUAGAAGUGAAAGGUGAAGAAAUAGUAGACGAUGAUGUUGCACCUGAUGGGAAGAGGGGGUUGAUCGAAGUUGCCUGUCAACUACUUGCAUCUCUCGAAGGCGAAGGGCAGCUCAAAGACGAUCUCGCCAUACUUCAUCCUAUACUCUCUCAUCUCGACGUACUAUCGCUUCGAUCCUCGUCGGUAUCCAUCCGCAACGCAGCUCGAGAAGCUCAGCUUCUGCUAUCACAUCGUCAAUCGUCACCUCAAUCUCAAGCGGUUGAUCCCAAGCAAGCUUCGCUUGAGAAGUACAACCAAGCAACGACUUUGAUCAACGAUGUUACUCUCCCAGUCAAAGCGCAUGGAUUGACUAUGCUGAAAGAUCUAGUCUUUUCACCUUCUUUCGAUAAUUCAUUAUCACCAAACAUACUAGAUAUCUACGUCAAGCACUUGGACGAUAAAGACUCGUUUAUCUACCUAACGGCCAUCAAAGGGUUGAGCGGUAUGGUUGACGCAUUAGGUAGAGAAGUAUUCACAGCUCUGAUCGGCAAAUAUACCGCGGAGUUAGAAAAUCUCAAAGUCGCUGGAAAGAAAGAUCAAAAGGACCUGAUGGAAAGGGCGCUUCGUCUUGCUGAAGCUAUCGAUCAGGUAGUGGAGAGGACUGGUGAUGCUCUUGGACAAUAUGCCAACGACAUCGUCCCUCCUCUCAUGACUAUUUACCCUACAACCUCUCUCCCAACUGUCAUACGAAGUUCGGCACUAUCCAUUCUCUCUACCUGUGCAAGAGUAUCUCCAUUGACCAUCCUUCCAUGGGCGUCUGAAUUGGCAGAAGGUACUCUGGAUCUGGUACAAAUAGAAUCGGUAGCCUCAUCACCUUUCCGACCUCAAGCCCAACAGCCCGACCGAGAUUUUGAUCUACCUAAAUUGCAAUGGGGUAAACCAAAAUUGAUUCAACUUGUCGAUGACGAACCCAACCCUGAACCUGAAGAAUCAAUACCGACUGAACCGGUCAAAGCCCGAAUUGUUGAUGAAGAACCUACCAAGAAAGAAGAUGGGAAACAUCCAGGAUUACGAAGAGCAGCACUGAGCGUAUUUAACUGGUCGAUCCGAGUGAUCCUAUUCGUUAGGUUUAUGAAUUCUGCUGAGAAAAAUGAUCAGAUUAGUGGAUCAGUUGGGAUUGAUAUAAAGGUUUCAACUUAUCCACCAAUCGACCUAAGAUUAUCGUCAGACAGGGAAAAGGAAGGAGGGGAAGAAGAUGGAUUUUCAAAUGCGUUUAUAGAAAGAGCGAUAAACAUCAUUGGAUAUGUCCAGAAAUUCGACGAUGAUGAAGUUGUUAGGCAACAUGCUGAGAGUGCAGUGAAAGAUCUGUGGUUAUUGAAAAAUGGAGGGAUAGACAUCGACUCGACGCAGAAUGAGGGUGGGAUCAAGGGUUUGGAGGGUUUGAAAUUGCUUAGUAUCAAGUAA